AAAAAAUAAUAAUUUUCAGACUUUACUGAGGGCAUAAAUCCUCACAUAACGAUGCAUGUUAGCUGUAGCCACAAGGAGCGCUGCUGACGUUCAUAAUUUAUACUUCAGAAAAAAUUAUUUGAUAAAUGUGGGUAGGUUUUACACUCCCUGCCUAUUGUACCAACGUUUUCCCGUCUAAUAUUUAUUUAAGUAAUGCUCAUUUAUCGGAUACAUUGAGUGUAUUUCUCUCUGAAGUAUCACUUCCGGUUCAGAGGUCAUAGUUACGCUAGGUCAAUGUGUCCUUUCCCACGUGCUGUCUGUAUCUUCUAGAAACAGCGGUGCCGGUGGAGCUUACGGCGUCUGUCGUCGCGCUAAACCAAGUCGUUUCAGCUUCGCACCGCUUGGUAUUUGAACAGAGUCAUGCUAAAGUCCGUGGUCCGCGCGGUGGGCGCCGCCGUCCGGCUCCCCUCGGCCGCCGCCGCCACAGCGCGAGCCCUGCCGCCCAUCUGCCCGGCGCUGCGCGUGCCCAGCUCGGCCACGACCCGGCCCUUCACCCGGUCCCUGUGGAUGAUGAACAGCAACAGAGCUUCGUCGGGAUACAGGCCCAAGCUGUUCGGCUCGAAGGGGCUGAACCCGUCGGUGUCGUGCGGCUGUGGAGCGCUACACACAGAAGGUGACAAAGCGUUUGGCGACUUUCUGUCUGACGAAAUCAAAGAGGAGAAAAAGAUCCAGAAGAAUAAAACUCUUCCUAAGAUGUCGGGAGGAUGGGAGCUGGAGAUGACCGGCGCAGAGGCCAAACUCACGAGAAGUGUCUCUGGAGAAAAGAUUGCCGUCACAUUCAAUGUCAACAACAGCAUCCCUCCUGACUUUGAGGAGGAGGCGGAGCAGGGACAGCAGCAGAAGUCCGCAGAGGAGGAGCCAGAAAUCGUGUCCACACCCAACUUUGUGGUGGAAGUAACGAAGCAGGGCGCCAAACAUUCCCUGGUGUUUGACUGCCACUAUCCUGAAGACGAGAUGAGCCGCGGCGAGGGCGAGGAGGAGAGCGACAUCUUCGCCAUCCGGGAGGUCAGCUUCCAGCCGGAGGGAGACUCCGAGUGGAAGGAGACCGCCUACACGCUCAACACAGACUCUCUGGACUGGGCGCUGUACGACCACCUGAUGGACUUCCUGGCUGACCGCGGGGUGGACAACACCUUUGCCGACGAGCUCAUGGAGCUGAGCACGGCCAUCGAGCAUCAAGAGUACAUCAAGUUUCUGGAAGAUCUCCAAGGCUUUGUGAAAUGCAACUAAGGACGAGCGUAAAUGAGCCCGUCCCUUUUCCUGGUAAAGGUGGAGAUUCUAUCUGAGUGGAGCACCAACAGCACACAUAAAGCUGCUCUGGUGUGACGUUCAGCAGCAGCUGCCACAAGAGACUUUUUCCUCUUCUGUUUAUUUUUCUGUAACUUAACACAAAUAGUUUAAAUGUAUACGAAAAUCAGCCAUGAUGUGCUGAAGCCAUCUUCAGCUCCGGUCCGCGACCCGGCUGUGGAUGUCUCCGCUUCUGUGGACGCUCCCCAACUAUUGUCAAUGAUCAAGAAGGGUGGGUGUGUUUGUGAGAGCUGUCGGUUGGGUGGCGUCACAAGCCCUGAAUCUGACAGGCAGCAGAGAGUCUGUGUUACCCCGUUUGACCGUGGUUACUGAUGGUGGGAAGUCUGUCCAAUAAAAGUUUGGUACCAGAAUGGAAAA